CUUGAAAGCAAGGGAAUACAAAGGGUGUAGACUAAUAAUGCUACCAAUCUGAUGAAGACCGAAACACGGCCAACCAUAAUUUGUAUACAAGCGGAUCUUUAUUUAUCAUUCCAGUUUUUCAUAUGCGUCGCCUUCCUGAUUUGUUGUAGUGGAAAUUUAGCACCACAAAGACAAAAAAGAGGAUUGAGGGAGCCAUGUGCCGAAUCCCUUAAAACUGUUACAGUCGUUAAAUCGUGUCCAAAAGAUAAGGAAACUUGGGACAAAAGAGCCAAGCUAAAGAACUGUGGGGAUGUUCCACGGAACUGUUCUGUUACAGACUUUGUUUACCACUGCAUUUGGGAUGAGUUUGGAAAAAACUUAUUAGAGCUGUGUGCUGCAACUACUAAAAUAAUUGCCAGAUUCUGUUCUGAGUUUUCUUCGGGUGGGAUGUUUGUACAAGAACAUGCUGAAAAGCCAUGUAAAAGAUGUCCCUUUGCCUACAAUUCCAGUAUGAGCUACAUGUAUACAGAAUGUUACGAACUACCAGAAUUACCGGAAUCAACUAUCACAACAACAACAUACAUCGAAAAUGCAACAAAAGUACAACAACAAACGACACAUGAACAAUAUUCGAAUUCAACAUUGAUACAUAAGAAUGGGGAAGCAAGAAUUGAAUUGAAUUUAAGAAGUAGCCUUGCAUACCUUACACUUGGCAUCUUUAUGCCGACUUUUUCGAUCUUAACAAUAGCAUUAGUCCUCAGAAUUUGUUCAAAAAGAGCAAAGAAAGAUAUGGAGUUAAAUGAAUCUAAAUUAAAGAAUUAUAAAGUUAUUGAAAGUAAAGAUGGAAGUUCAGAUCCUUCAUCAAUUUUGCGUCUGGUAGAUCCAAAUACAUCGAUGAGAGGAGAAGUUGAUAGACUAGAAGGGACAGACGAGGCAACGAUAAUUCUAAAUUCGAUUUCACAAAAUUGUAUAAACCAACAGUUCGAUGGAAAUGAACAGAAGGAAAUGCAUUGAAAAACAAAACAUAACCAUUGUCAUACUACGAGGGGUGUUCAAUAAAUAAUGUCGUCAGCUCGAUGACAUGUAACAUAGAAAUCAUAUGACACUAAGCUUGAUUUUCUCGCAUACUUGAAUAUUUAAUGUAUUGAAAAAAAAUUAUGUUACAUCUUUUCAUCACGUAUCGAGACACUGAUGUAAAAUGAAUGUUAAAGAAUCAGUAAACUAGAGUAAAAUCAAACGCUUCGUUAAAACGGCUGUAAAACUUGUUUAGAAUCCCCAAAACAUAUAUACCUAAAAUUUUCUGAAAUACUGCAACCAAUAUCUGUUUUAUACACACAUAAGCAUUAAGAUACACAUAAGAUUCCAAUGAACAAAAAACACAAAAUGGGCUUCAAAAAUGAGUACUUUCCUUAGUGACAAUGACUUACAACAUCCAAUGUACUGUUCGGGAAUAUUCAAUAAAUCAUCACUGAUUACGUUUGAUUAACUUUAAGGCACAUUGCAUCGGCACGGUUGACUGAUCUAUUCCAACCAAAAAAAAAAAAAAAAAAAAAAUUAAGAAAAAGUAUAUACCUCAGGUGCAUCAAAUGGUACAACAAGAUUUGUUGGCAAACGUAUCGUCAUCAAAUUGCAAGUGUUUUGGGCUUUUAGCGUUUUCCUUACGUGAUGCAACACAUCUUACGAUUGAGUAAUUAUGAACACUGAUUUAGCUGCAAAAUAACUCAAUUUCCAUCUGACUAAUUUGCGUAAUUUUUGUUCAUGCGGUCCGAAUUUAUUUCGAAUAUUAUGCUAUUAUGUUAUUUCUUUUUCCUUUCAGUAUAAAUAUAGUAAUGUGGCAUGUUCUCCUAAACAAAUCAUAUGCUGACAUAAAAAACUGCAUGUCAAGAUUUGUUGCAAAGUAACAUUAAACUUGAAUGUUGACAUUAAUAUGUUGCAUGUGGACACCAGUUAGUUGAAUGUUAACAUAAUCAUCUUAUAUGCUGAAUUAAUAGGAUCUCUUGUUAACAUAAAUAAGUCGCAUGUUGAGAUGAAUACUUGCAAGUGAACAUAAAUAUCCUGCAUGUAAAAAAAAAAUUGUAUUUUGACAUAUAUAUAGCAUAUUACGCGUAUUAUACCAUAUACUGGCGUUAAUCACUUUAUUUUCCUAGAAUUAAGAUUACUCUACGGCAGGAAAUUAACUCGCGGAGUUAAUUUUCGCUAUAUUAGCGGAAAAGAAAUUACGCGAAUUCAACAUACAAAGAAUAAUUCUUUAAAAGUUUUAUAAGGAUAAAUUGAAAUUUUAUUAUUUUCUGUGAUUAGCUGUAGACUGUCUAUAUAAUUAUGCGAGUGUAUGGAUCAAUUACAAACACCUAGUUGUUGGUGUUUUUCAAACUUAUCAAUUGUUUAAUUUAUUUCUAUAGCUAACGAUUAGUUUUGCAAUUUAAUACAAUUGUAGACGUGAGAUGUAAUCAUUUAAUGAAACACACUUGUUUAAUCUCACCCGUGCGUAUCAAUCAGUCAUUACCUUUAAUCAAGGCAUUAACGUAGUAAACAGGGUAACAAAAAUUAAUUCAAUUGUUAAUUUUUAAUUAUAUAUUUUAUUACAGGGCGGGGCCACAAUGGCCAAUCUUUUUUUUUUUCAUUUACAUAUUUCAGAAAAUUCUUUAAAAAUCAUCUUACAUGUAUCAAGAAUAGCAAAUCCAUGAUUGGUCAUGGGACUACUUUUGGAUAUAAACUAUUCAAUAAUAAACCAAUUUCUACUUUUUCCCAGCCACAGUGCUAAGGUGAGCGAUGUGGCCCAUGGGCCUGUUGUUACAAUUGUAUUAGUGGGUUUGAUUUUUGGAGUCUUUAAGUGCUGAAAUUGUUUAUUUUUUCAAUGGGUGAUUUUUUUCAAGCUAAGAUGUUUUAAAACUUUUUAUAGUUAUGUUGUUAUAAUUGUUUUUUGAAUGUAUAUAUUGUUAUAUUGCAUCGUUUAAUUAAAAAGUGAAUUAUAUUGGUCUCUGUAGGUGUUUAUCCGACGUCUACGCAGAAUAUAAUCACUGCUCAUUGCUCCACCUAUUCCGAAAACAUCCCUUUUUAAAAACAAUUCCGAUCCGUCUUAAUAUUUCUAACUUUGAUUGCUCAGCCAUUUUACAACUUUGAACGUUAAAGUUUUGCAGGUUUGUAGUGAUGGCCUCUGUUAACCUCAUAAUAUAAAAGUCAUCAAGAUUUCCGCAGAAUUUUAUAAAAUACUAAUGAAAUUUAUAAAGUGAUAAAAAAAAAAAUAAUUAAAAUUUUGACGGUGCCCCGGUUCUCCAUUCCAAGACUAACUAUGAAGCCAUAAUUGUAACUAAACAUUUGAAAUUGAAUAACAUUUUACAUUUUUCAAUUACAUUAUGUAAAAGAUUCGAAGUUUGUUAAUGAUAAAUAUCAAUGACACAACUUUUAUUUAAUUCUUAGCUUGUCCACGAACUUUACGGACAAACCUCGUAAUCACGACUUUUUUUUGUAAAACACAGAUAACCUUAUAUGGAAAUUUACGGCGAGGAAUAAUGUAUCUCAAUUCCAAUUCAAACUCUAAGGUUAAUGUCAAAAGAUCAAAAUUCUUGGUAUCAUAUAGAAGGUCCCGUUUGAAGGAGUACACCUGGGAAAUAUGAAAGUACUAUUGGUGUGAUGUUUGUGAUUAAAGUGUUUUUUAAAUGGUUCAAACACCAAGGUCAAAGGUCCAUUUUAGGGUCUUCUUUCAGUUAUAUGGAAUCCCUAGAUUGGUUACAUGUACUUGCAUGAUAACAUAAUUUUUUUGCAUGAAGACAAGAGCAUGUUGUAUAUUCACAUAUUAUAACGCAUGUUAACAUAAUUUAUCUUGCACGUGUGUGGAGAAAUAUACCAUCAUAGUUUCUUAAUAUAUACAGACAUAUAAAUGGUUCUGUAUUUGAAAAAAAGUAAAUUUAAUUGAGUGCUGGAAAAGGGACAACAUAUUAUUUUAUUAUAAGCAAUGUAUACUUUGUAACUAUAAAAGAUUUUUUAUCACAAUUAAAAAAGGACAAAUGGUGUACAUUUUUUAAGAAUUGGAUAAUGUUUUUAGUUCACCUGAGCCAAAGGUUCAAUUGAGCUUUUCUGAUGACAAUUUGUCCGUUGUCUGUCGUCGUCGUUGUUGUAGUCGUUGUUGUUGUAAUCUUUUCACAUUUUCGACUUCUUCUCAAGAACCGCUGGGCCAAUUUCAACCAAACUUGCCACAAACCAUCCUUGGGUUAAGGGGAUAAAAGUUUGUUCAAAUGAAGGGUCACGCUCUCAUACAAGGGGAGAUAAUUGGAAAUAAAUGAAAAUUUGGUGGUAUCUUUUAAAAAUCUUCUGCCCCAGGACCACUCUGCCAGGAAAGAUUAAACUUAUGGAGAAACAUCCUCAGGUAGUGUAGAUUCAAAUUUGUUCAAAUCAUGACCCCCGGGGGUAGGGCGGAGCCACAAUCGCCGACCAAAGUUUAACAAAGAAAUAUAGGAAAAUUCUUUAAAAUCUUCUCAAGAAUAACAAAGCCAUAAUUGAUCAUUUUUAAAUGAAAGCAUCCUCAGGUGGUGUAGAUUCAAAUUUGUUCAAAUCAUGACCCCCGAGGGAAGGGCAGGGCCACAAUGGCCGACCAAAGCAUGGCAUAGGAAUGUAUAAGAAAAUUCUCUAAAAAUCUUCUUUUCAAGAAUAACGAAGCCAUAAUUGAUCAUAUUUAUAAUAAAGCAUCAUCAAGUAGCGUAGAUUCAAAUUUGUUCCAAUCAUGACUCCCGGGGGUAAGGCGGGGCCACAAUGGCCAAUCAAAGUUUUACAUUUACAUAUAUAAGAAAAUUCUUUAAAAAUCAUCUUAUCAAGAAUAGAAAAGCCAUGAUUGGUCAUGGGACUACUUUUGGAAUAAACUAUUCAAUAAUAAACCAAUUUCUACUUUUCCCAUCCACAGUGCUCAGGUGAGCGAUGUGGCCCAUGGGCCUGUUGUAACAAUUGUAUUAGUCGGUUUAAUUUUUGGAGUCUAUAAGUGCUGAAAUUGUUUAUUUUUUUCAACGGGUGAUUUUCUUUACAUGCUAAGAUGUUUUAAAACUUUUUAUAGUUAUGUUGUUAUAAUUGUUUUUAGAAUGCAUUUAUUAUUAUAAAGAAAAUAUUUGCAUCGUUUAAUUAUAAAUUAAAAUGUGAAAAAAUGUGUCGCAUUACGAAUGCAUUUACCCUAGUGAGAUCAGUCUAAACACGGGUGUUUCUAAGCAAAUUAGUAAGUAAAACGCAGAGAAAGUUCAAAUUGAUUUUCUUAUUCAUACUGACAAAUGUGGUACCCACAAUAUUCAUGCUAAAGCUAGUGCUCAGUAUGAAAUAUUCAUAUCCUUAGAUGCAUACCCUUGUAUACCUUUGUAUGUAAACUCCUGUAUUUUUAUAAUUAAUAAAUAUGGGGAAAAACUCACUGUUAAUUUUUGGGGGUUACUUUGUUAAAAUUGUUAAAUUUUCACAUUUGUUUUAAUAUCGAUAGAAUGUAAAGGAAAUAAGAUUUCACAUUCUUGCCUUAAUGUUAAUCAUUUCAAGAGUGUCUAUUUCCCCAUCAUACAUUUUUGUAUAUGAAUUCAGCUGUAGUUUACAAAAAAUGAUAUUAUAUGUAAUCAGGUUCGUAUAUCAUGUCUAUGUUUGCUGUAGAAUGUAGCAAUAAAUCCAAUGUCUUCCUCCAAUAUUUUAGGAUCGCUGUCUUAGAUGUUUUGUUAUAUAUUCACGAGCUUUACAUUUUUAAUUUCUACCUUCAAGCUGAUAUAAAAAAAUAAGCAUCAAAAUUUGUCAGACUAUAUACAUUAUGACACUUUAGCAGUCAUUAAAUGUGUAUUCUAUAGUACUUCUUAUACCCUUUUCUCAAGACUUACCAAUCUUCUUCUUUUAAAAUCAGUUUGAUUAUAUAAUAUUGUAGAUCAGUUAAUUUUUGCGAUAUCUUAUUUUGGUGAAAUAGUCAUGGACUCUUGAAUAGCGAGAUAAUAUUGCCACAGAUUGUGGUUUUUGCUUUACAUAAUAAUCUGAUGGAAUACUUUUAUAAGCAAGAAUAACAUUUUUGCUAGCAUACCGUCCUGCGUCUUUACGCUACAAUAAAGUUCUCGCGAAUAAAAAGUGAUUUACA